AUGUCGGAAUUGGCGCUAUUAGAAAAAGUGGAAUUAAGAAUUGCACUUGCAAACGACGACUCCCAGCUUGAAAAUGCAUUAAGAUUGUACUUAGCUCCGGUAAUACUUAAGUUGAGCAGUGCCAAUGCUGACGUUAGAAAGGCAGUUUUGAAAAUUAUUCAACAUAUUAUUCCCAGAAUUACAGCAGCUAGAGCCAUAAAACUCCCAGUAAAUGCUCUUUUGGACCAGGCAAAGACACCCAAAGUUACGGAAGGUGCAGAUCCUCUGUCUGUGAGACUUUAUUCCUUAUUGUUCGUCGUUAGAGGAAUCGAAAGACUCAACGAUUCAGAGAAAACCGACCUCAUUCCCAAGGUGAUAGAAGGUAUCAGUCAUCAUUCAGAUCCAGUAAAGGCAAGGCUUUUCAGUAUUCUCUGCAAACUCCUCAUUGUACCUCAGAUCCCUCAAGACUUGAGUAUAAAAGAGCCAGAUGCUCAAUUUUUGGCAGAGACCAUAUUAAAGUUUUUCAUGCUUUUACCGAGUACGAGUGGAGCCAUUUCAGCUUCGCCUGGUCUUACCGUCAAGGACAUCUCUUUCUUUAACCAAGAUGCCGGCAUCCAGCUCAAUUCGGCUCAGGAAAUUCACCAGAUUAAAUUACGUCUUCUUGAAUUUUUAAAGCACGGAUUCGAUGACGAAAUGUUGUACAUUCCCUACUUGGUUGCCUCUGCAGAUCCAUCUUCAGCUGUAAACGAACCAGCAGAGACUCUAUUCAGGCGGCUCAAGUUGAACAUCGAUGAGAACAUCAUCAAUCGAAUACUAACGAUGUUUGUUGGAUCAGAAGCUCCCCCAGUGAAUUCGGUACUUCAAGAACGAAUUCUUUCUGUACUUUUGAAAAGUGUCAAAUCCAUCGACUUUCCUUUCAUCACGAAAAUAGCCGACUUAGGACUUACCUCGAGCAAUUCGAAGCUCAAAGUUACUACCGUAAAGUUCAUUCAGUGGGUAUCAAAAUCGUCGAAAGAUGGCUCACAAAAAUUGGGGGUUGAUGUACUAGAACAAAUCAAGAGCGAUAUAAUGGGUUUUGGCUGGCCGAAAAUGGAAGUUUCAGGCGUGAAGAAUUAUUCAUCAUCCUUAGCGCAGCGCUCUUUGGAGUAUGAGACUUUUGGAAACAUUAUUUAUUCUGAUUCGAAACUAUUUGGAGAUGAAUUGGAAAACGUUGAAUUUCUUCUCGACUCAUUACAGGGAGAGGAUGCCGACGUUCGGCCAACGAUUCAAGACAGCUUAUCGAGUUUAACAGGCGAACUAACAAAAAUCAAUCAGCAGGCUAGGGACAAACUAAAAAUGAUGGCUAGAAAAUACUUCGCCGAUUCUCCAGAAAUUGCACAUUCGUGUCGUUAUAUUCUUAUCAAGUUCUUAAUUGCCGUUUUCCCUUUCGAUGAUCCUGAAGCAAGGCUCUACUGCAUUAUGGGUACGUCUUCAGAGAAUAGGCUGGACACUAUUGAAGAGGCUCUCAAGGGUUUACAUCCUUACUGGUUCAAUUUGGCUCACUCGGCAACUUCGCCACACUUCGUAUCAUCUCAUGAAUUGUUGGGAAAGAGGACUCUAUCCACAUUUCCAUCAUUUGACUCAAUCGUCAAAAUUAUAGAGAAAGAGGGAAACACACCUGCCUUACAGAAUGCAAUGGACAAAGCAAUUCAGUUUGCAGUCAGGACCUUAAUAAUGAAGUCUGUCAAAGACAAAAGCACGGUGGUAGUGGUGGACGAAGAAUGGUCUUCUAGAGUAGACAAAGCAAUCGAGACAGACGAACAAGUCAGAGAGUUGGUUCGUUCACAAAUGUUGAUCUUGUCGGAAGAUUCGAACACUCUUUCUUUACUUAUGAAUAUUAUCUCGCAAGUUUUCAUUGGACAGUUCAGUGAAACGUAUCCUAGAAGCGAAAUUUACGGGUUUAGCUUCCUCCACCUCCUUUCUUUAUCACCUUCAAAGAUCGUGGAAGGUCUCGUGGAAUCGUUGCCCAAAUAUUUUGACACGCUCCAUCUGAAGACGCUAACUGAGACGCUGACAGUACAACUUUGUCAGGUUCUAGGAAUUGUGGGAACUCAUAGCGCUGUUUCCGACUCAUGGGUGGCUGAAACAUUGAAUAAGUUCCACAACACUUCGGGAGUGAGCACAAAAAUUAGUCUACUUGCAAUAUCGUUUAUUAUCUCAAGGCUUGUGUUACGUGAUAGAGUCGAAAUAAUCAAGACAGGGAUCGUGAAUUCCUACAUGGACCAAUUGGUCGGUUUGCUUGAUAGUGAAAAUACUUACUACACCUCAAUUCAGUGCAUCAGCCAGUUAGCAAUUUUUGGAGCGUUUGAUCCAACCUUGGAACUUGUGCUGGAUUUGACGACGAAAGCAAAAAAGAUUUUGGAAAUACUUCGCUUGAAAGUGAAAAAAGGUGACGAAAGAUCUAUAUCUGCACUUGCCAAACUUGGGAUUGCAGUUCCGCAAUUGCACGAGAGCACCGAAACCAGUCUCACUGAUAUCGAAAGCAUUGUUUUUGACACACAUGCUUCAAAGCUGAUUGAUGUCUUGUUCACAUCAGGCGAGGCUUUUCUGAUACUUGGAGCCGGCUGGAACUCCAUAAUCUUACAACAACAAUUUGAUAUUCAGGGAGAGGAAUUGAAAUUUAUUGAGACAACAGACUCAAGGCUUCCCACGAUCAUAGACUUCAUUCUAGAAUCGUCCAAGUCUACUAAGCCAUCGCUUCGUAAAGCGUGCUGUAUUUGGCUUUUAUCGCUUGUUCAGUAUUGCAAGAAGUUAGAAGCUGUUAGAGCUCGUGCUGCUGAGAUCCAUGUCACUUUCAUGAAGUUCUUAGUCGACCGUGACGAUCUUGUACAGGAGCUGGCAUCGAGAGGAUUAAGCAUGGUAUAUGAACUAGGUGACCAUGAACUUAAAGAUACCUUGGUCCGUGGUCUUUUACGGUCUUUCACAGAUUCAAACACUACUGGAAGUUUGACGGCUGGAACAGUAGACUUGGAAACAGAAUUAUUUGCUCCUGAUGUUCUCAAGACAGACGAUGGCUCAGUGUCUACCUACAAAGAUGUGCUCAGUCUUGCAUCUGACGUUGGAGACCCUAGUCUUGUUUACAAGUUUAUGUCGUUAGCAAAGUCGUCUGCACUUUGGUCCUCAAGAAAGGGCAUGGCGUUUGGCUUGGGAUCAGUAUUGUCAAAGACCAGUUUGAACGAACUUCUUUCUGACAACAGAGAAAUGGCAAAAAAGCUCAUUCCACGACUCUACCGAUACAGAUAUGAUCCCAGUACUUCCGUCUCACAAUCGAUGAACGAUAUUUGGAAUUCACUUAUAGAAGACCCCAGCAAGACGAUUAAGGACAACUUUGACCUUAUUUUAAAUGAGCUUUUAAAGGAAAUUGGAAACAAAGAAUGGCGAGUGAGACAAGGAAGUGUUUACUGCUCUAACCGAUCUAUUACAGACUACGUCACUAGAUGA